UAACCGUGUAUUUGAAAAACCAGAAUACUACGAUAAAAGUAAGAGAAACACUUUGUUUGGAAUAACUAACCAGUGACUUUAGUUAUAAGUGAAUAUUUAAAAAGUAAAAGGAAUAUUUAUAAAGAUUGUUUCAGCAGCCAACAUUAUAAGACUACAAUAUUAAAGAAUCUCAGGAAACUGACCAAACUAGAAAAACAAGAAGAACAAAACAGCAAUAGAAUAAAUCCAAAGAAUCACGAUGGUUGCGUUAACAGUUUACUUGGCAAUAGCAGUGGCAUUGUGUGUAGCCGCUUACUUUAAAUUCUUAUUUAGGAAAAGAAGGGAAAACGAACCUCCUAUUCCAACAGGACAUUGGUUUUGGGGCAAUGGAGAAGAAUUUUCAAAGAACGCAGUUAAAUUUCUACAUUCUACGCAGAAAAAGCUCGGAGAUAUAUUCACUAUUCGACUUUUCAAUCAACACAUGACCGUUAUAUUGGAUCCGCAUUCGUAUGAAAAAUUUGUCAAAGAGAGAAAUUUUGACUUUGAUAAGAUUCAAAAGCAAGUGAACCACAAUGUAUUCAGUUUCGAGUUGGUGAAUGCACGUAAAAUGUUGAAGGAAGCCGGAAAAACUGUUAGAGGACCAUAUCUUAACAAAGGAAUGGCUCAAUUUUCGAACUAUCUCAACGAAACAUUCACGGAAGUUACUCAGUCUUCUACUGGUGAACACACAGAUGAAUGGAUAACAGCAGGACUUCGCUCUUUCAACUCUCAAACAUUAUUCGCCUCACUGUUCUACACCAUUUUCGGAAAAGGCGAUGCUAAUGAUGCAAGAUUCAAACCAUUGAGCGUUUACAAAAAUUUCGAUACUUUCCACAAGUAUUUCAACUUUUUGUGGUUAGGCAUGCCUGUUAAAUUGUUUCCAAAGGCUGUGAAAGCAUUAGAAGGGCUGUGUAAUCAACCAACAUCAGCAGAGUUGUUACAAAGAGACGAUCUGUCCGAAUAUCUCCGAUUUUCUACUAAUUUCAUGUUAGAGCAUAACCAAACAGAACAAGACAUUAUUGGACACAACUUGGUUUAUUUACACGUUAACUACAAUACAUUUCGUCUCGCCUUCUGGAGCCUUUACAAACUUUUGGAAAACAGAGAAGCACUUGAAGGAUUACGAAAGGAAAUUGACGAGGUGGUCCGAUGUAAACGAGCAGAGAUGGACGACGAUGAAGAAGAAAUUGUUUUCAGCAUGGAAGAAAUUGAUUCUUUAAAAGUUUUAGACAGUGUCGUAAACGAAACUCUGAGAGUAUCAAGUGGUGUGUUUGUGGUACGAUCCGUAUUAGAAGACACUGAAUUUGAGAUGGAGAAUGGUCAGAACUUUACAGUCAGGAAAGGAGAUAAAGUAGCAAUGUAUCCACCAGCAAUGCAUAAAGAUCCAGAAAUUUUCGAAAACCCAGAUGAAUACAAAUACGACAGAUUCGUUGAUGCUAAGUUUUAUAAAUAUGGUAAAGAAGUAAAAAAUCCAGUUAUGGCAUUUGGUGCAUUGUGUCCAGGGAAAAAAUACGCAAUUGUACAGUCAAAGUGGUUUUUGUUAUCCAGCAUGUACUCCUUUGACAUGGAACUGUGUGAUGGUGAAUCAACUCAACCUGAUAUUAAUUAUUAUGGACAUGAAAUCCUUCCACCAACAAAAGAAGUGCAGAUCCGAUACAAAUUGAGACAAAACAUUGAGAAAUUGUCGUUUUUAUAACACAAAACAACAUCUUUUGCAUUUGAAUACAUGUCUCAAAAACUUUAAUUUAUUACUGUGUGUAUGUGAUUUAUGUCUGUUGUGAUUCAAAGAGAUGUAUACUUGUUAAAUUUGUUUUAACAUGUGCAGAUUUUAUUUUUAUACAGAAACAAGUCCCGUAACUCAUUAAUCAUUGUAUGGCUGUGUUACUGUGUUGUGAUAAACGUGAAGUCUUUCCUGGAACGCCAUACGGGUAAAUGGUCAAAUGUGUCUUAAAAAAUACGAAUGAAUAUACGUAGCGAGUGUGUGUAUUUGUUAAGUAUGUUAGUGAGUUAAAAGUUGAAAGUGCUAGUUUUUGGCUGUGAUUGAUUAUUUGUAAUUGAUUAAUAUCAUGUUUUCAUUAUCAAUCAUAUCAUUAUUUAUUUAUUACUUUGUUACUGGUAAAACAAACUGCAUUUAGAAUACACCACUGCCAUUUGUUUCCAUAAAAGCAAGUCGCAAGAAACAUUCCACCCUUAUUUAUUUUAUAACAUGAACAAUUCCAUUUAUUGUUUUUAUAAGAAAGUGCUAAUUUCAUAAUUUAUUUCAUCCAAUUUUAUAUCAUUCAUGCAUUUGUAAAAAAUCAUAUUAUUUAUUUGAAAACAACUGGGUUCGAAUCUGCGGAAAUAUUUAUUUAUUUAUUUAUACCCGUUUGUUUGUUUGUUUGUUUCAAUUCAGACGAUUACUUUUUUUUUCUUCAAAUUUUUUAUACUAUGAUGCAUAAUAAAUUUGUAUUUUGAAUUAAUACUGAGGUGAACGAAUGAAACAAACAGAUAUUUAAGACUGUAGAUUCGAGGUUGUUAAUUUAUUACGUCCAAAAUAUACUUCGUUUAAAAAUGUCAAUGAAAGAUCGAUGUCUGAUUACAGAUCAAUGUAUACUCUUCUCAUAUGCAAGACUGAACGACUCUCAAUCGUCCAUAAAUGUUGGAACGAUAGUCUAAAAGUUCAAUUCAAUCGACGAUCUGUAAUCUGAUAACGAACUCUCAACGGUAUUUUUAGAUAGAGUGUAAGUAUAAUGUAUAUUGUCUACAUUGGUGCUUUAUAAACAGCAAGCUGUUAAGUUUGUUAAAUAAUAAAUUUAUAAAAAAUGUUA